AUGUCGCAUGAAAUCACGGAGAAUAAGAAGAAGGAGUUCCCAUAUCUGCUUGGAAAAUGGUUUUCGUUAAUUGACUACAUAAGCGAGGAUUACUUGGGGGGACCACAUUUUAUCAAAUUGGCUCAUGUCAUUAACUUUCAAAAAGGAGCUUCAUUGAUAGUUUGUCUUUUGAUGAUGAAAAAAUCCGGAAACUAUUCUGCAACAGCAACGACUUACACUGCCCUUCACGGUGGAUACGGUCUUUGUUGGUUGCUAAAGGAGCUUAUAUUUCCCGAUGCAAAAUGGCAGAAGAAAAUCACUCUUGGAAGUGCCAUUACUAUUUUCCUUAGUGUAUUGGGCCCAUAUUGGUAUAUUGCAUACAAUGCAAUUAUGAAACACCCGGAGCAUUCCAACAUCUCUCUCUGUAUGGCUAUCAUCGUAUUUCAAAUAGGACUUUCUUUGAUGAUGGGUAGUGAUUGCCAGAAAUACUUUGUAUUGAAAAAAGAGAAGGGUCUUAUUACAGAUGGAUUUUUUUCUCGCAUUCGACAUCCCAAUUACUUAGGAGAAAUGCUUAUUUACGGCUCAUUUGCCUUUGUGUCAAAAGAUAUACGAUCGUUUGGAGUAUUAGCAUGGGUUUGGGUUGGGAUUUUCGUUCCGUAUAUUUUACGGAAGGAGCAUCGCAUGAGCCGUCACAAAGGUUGGCACGCCUACACCCUCCGCUCCGGAUUACUCCUUCCACGCCUUUUCCCUUCAAAAGAAUGUUCUGGAGCAUGCUAG